AGUCUGUGAAAUUCUAAAAAAGUUGAGAUUGUGCAUGUCUCAAAAAAAUGAAAAUGGCGAUUGGUAAAUUUUUGUUCAGAGUUUGAAAGCACAAUCUCCAGGCAUUUAUUCAAAACGUUAAAUAUUUGUUUGUGUGAAACUGUGAAUAAUCCUCAGGAAUGGGUGAUGCUUUGGUAGAGCGAAGAUCCACCGCUCGGUUCUUCUGCCACAGGUGUAACAUAGAAUUUGAAGAUGUUUUGCAGGAUUACACAUGUCCAUACUGUGCCAGUGGCUUUAUCGAACAGCUGGAGAAUGAGUCGGAAGUGCUGGCCCUGUCUGGGGAUGACUUCAGUGAUGCGGACAUGAGUAACAUUGAUGAUAUGAGCAAUAUUGAUGAUGUCAGCAAUCUUGAUGAUUUGGACGACAUGCGGCAGAGUCCUCUACCAAUGUUAAACGACCUGGCGUUUCUCAUGUCUGGCGGACGACUUCGGUCAGACAGCGGCACGGGCCGGCGAGAGACGCUGAUGGAGCAGCUGGUGUGGAUGAUCGGCGGCGCCAGGCCCGUCACCGGCGCCGUCACCGCCGGCGCGCCCUUCGUGCUCGUCGGCGCGCCCGGCGACUACGUCUUCGGCGGCGAAGGUCUAGACGCAGUGGUGACGCAGCUGUUAGGACAACUAGAGAAUGCGGGCCCCCCGCCGCUGCCCCGCGAACAGAUAGCGGCGAUACCCAGCGUACCCGUGACUGAGGAGCAGGCCGCCGCCAACACCUCGUGUUCCGUUUGCUGGGAGAACUUCCAGCUUGGCGAAACAGUAUCCCGACUGGAAUGCGAUCACAUAUUCCACUCGACGUGUAUCUCCCCCUGGUUGCAGCUCCACGCCACGUGUCCCAUCUGCCGGCGCUCACUCUUGACCGAGCCCCCUGCGUCGGAAGCACCGCCCCCCGCAGCCCCCGCCGCCGGCGAGAACAGUCCGUCAUCGUUCUCACGCGUGCUGCUGCGGCCGACGCUGCGCGGCGCCCCGCAGACGUGGGACUCCAGCAGCUCCUCCGCGUCCAUGUCCAGCGCCUCGUCCGUCACCGCGGGCGUGUGGGCGCCGCACACGAGGUCCACCACCACGUCCACCAACAGCACCAACUCCUCCACCUCCCUCAACUCCGAUAGAGACCGACAGUACAACAUGGACAUCGACUUCGAUUAACUCCUGUGAACUCAUGCGCGCCUGGUGAUCGUGUCGUCUCGGCAAUGUUUGUGUUGUGGAUUGUGUCAGUGUUGUGUGAACCGCUGCGAGUAAUUACCUCCUGGUAAAUGAGGAAUAUUAGUCGUGUCAAUAUGUUGGAGGUCGUACUACUCCAAUCUAGUGACUGUAUAGCUAGUAUUCGUUGAUAAAUAUAUUAUUUUUGUAUGGAAAAAAUGUUUAUAUUUUCCUCUUCCUAGCAUAUUCAUUUUGGCUUGAAACAAAUUAGCAAUAAAGAUACUGCUAUUUAAAAACUUGGGUGAUAUUAAUAUAAAUAAAAAUCUGUAGUGAUAUACUGGUAUUUGUACUAAUUUUUGGGCCGACUAAUCAUAAUAUAGCUCUUAUUCUGAAAAUGUUAUACUAACCAAUAACCUGUCAAUGAAUCCACAAUUUUUUAUAAAAUUAAACUACUUGUUAUUGUAUAUUUGUUUCAAGAAAAAAUGAGUAAAAUAUGAAAUGAUAAAUAUUGUUAUUAAUACAACCAUUGUACGAGUGUUAAUAUGUAUAAAAAUAUAUAGUUAACAUAAUUGAAGUCCUUUAGAUAACACAUGUCAUAUAUAAGAACUGUUGAAAGUUGUGUGCCUUUGUUUUGAAUUGCUAAUAUGCCUCGUCGCAGUGGCCAUGGUUCUUCUAUUUGUUUUUCUUCACUGAGAAUGUAACAUGUACAUUUUGAACACAAUGCUAUAAGUUGAAAAUCUUAUGUGUUUAGGAUCAUAUUGUAAUAAAACUCGGCUUAUCAAUUAUUCUUUGACCGAAAAUGUCGCCAAAUCGCAUUAGCAACUAAGGCGGUUAUUAGGUCGUACUUUAUGUACGUAACUUAUUUAAGACGGGAGAAAAACGAAUAGGUGAGCUCUUGUGCAUUGUCGAGUUUUGCUAUAGACUAUAACGCAAGAUCGGUUUGCAAGAAAUGCAUUGGUUUACAUAGGGACAAUCAGACUUAGACCGAUUUUUACCUUAUUGUAUAGCAAUUUAUACGUUUUUUCACAAUGAUAAGUGGUUUUAUGUUGAGUUUUGAUGUAAAUUUUGUAAAUAUAAAUCAUAACUUAGGCAUUAGUUGCUGAUCAUCAAGUUGUUAGGGGAACUCUUGAAGCGUCCGCGGUUGGUCCACUCGUGAGUGUAUAUAUAGCCUAGGAGCAAGUACAUUCAUUAAAAUUGAGUGUAGUUAAAAAACUAAUAGUGGAGUAAACAUUUAUAUGUGCAUGACCAUUCAUGCCCGUUAUAUGAUUUAUUGGUCACAUGUAUGAAAUAUUUUAUUUGUAUAUCUUGGUUUUUAGUAGAAGGUUCAAAGAACUCAAAACUCCAUUUAGGCGUUUUUAUAAUAUGCUAAUGAGUGGUCUGUCCGUUUUUAUCAAGAAGUAAGGGAUAAUGUACUGCGUGUCGUUGCUAGACGCUCACAAAUUUCAUGGCGGAUUUUGAUACUUAGCUCAAUUAAAAUAAAGCUCUUUUUAGCAAAGACAUAUGGAAUUAGUAAUUUUAGAAAUUUGUAGAGAAAGGGAUCGAUGUAACCUAAGAGCUAAUUUAAUGAAAUUAGGUUCAAAAUCUUUCGCCAUGGGUUUUAUUAGCGUCGGCGAGGUAAUGGAAGGAUGGGUUUAGUGAUUUCAUAAAAUAAUUCAAGCUAGGUCCAAUUUUAUACAACUUUUAUUCCAAUCUGUGAAAUAGGGUCUCCACUGACCUGGUGAUAAGACAAGGUCUAGCUGUGUGCCAUGUUCAAGUAUAUACCCUAAUAGGAGCACAUAGUGUACUGGACAGUUAUUUAAGGUCUCUACUUCAUACAGUACAUUAUCAGAAAUGCUCUGAAAUUAACUCCUUUCAAAAUCAAAAAGAGAGAAGAAAUUAAUAAUGAAAGAUUACCUAGAACAGUUUCGGUGACGACAUAAUCUUAUUUAUCUACAUUACAAUCUGUUUUUCAUUAUUUAUUACAAACCUUUAGCAACACUGUUUUUGUAUAGCAAAACAACGAGCAUUCGAAUUUGGGCUUAACACCGUUUACAGUAGAUUCAUUUUACAGUGCCACGUAUGCGUUCCACAAUGCGUGCUGUUUUAUGGUGUCAACACGAGCCAAACAAUGCUCGUUCCUGUGGCUUGCGGGAGCAGUGUCGCUUCAACUGAGAUAACUUCAGAGCACAACGCUAAAAUGAAUGCUCACCGUACUGAACUGAUAUACCUUGCAUAGCUGGGACAGUUUAUGACACAUUUGCAUCUAAUGCACAUUGGCCAGAUCAGUUGGGAACAUAGAUAAACUGAUACAGAUAUGCAUGCUAUGUAAAGAUGUUUAGUUCGCAGCGCGGAUUGUUGGCUUAAAAGCUUGUCGAGAUUUUGAAGUCAGUGGGCCUACCCGUCAACUGUUCCUGUUCCAAGGUUAUUCCAGCAGUGGAAUAAUUGUAACUAGCGUAAUAUAAAGUUUAAAGUCUCUUAGGCAUUGUAUAAAUUAUAGGUAACAUGUCCAAUUUAUUUUAAAAUUAUUAGAUGUGAUUUGUAAAUAUAAUGGAAAAUUAUUAAAAACAAUAUAGUUUAUUAUUUUUUUACGAUUCUUGCGUUGUUUAGGCGCUAGUGUUUCCGUUAAUUUUAAGGAAAAAAGCCUGAGUAUUUAUCAAAGGUUAAUAAAAGUAGACGAAUACAUUCGUCGCGUUAAAAUAAUAUUCAUUAGCAAACAUAUUGCUUCUCGAAUUUUGGAAUUCACGACGUUGUGUUCCAAAAUUCUUGGUUUCAAUGUUGAGCAUAUUCCGAUAUCUUACAAAUUUAUCAUUCAUAUUUAAAUUGUGAAUAACCAAACCACUUAAUUUAUUUGGCUAUAGUGAAUCAUAUUAUUAUAAAAGUGUAGCCAAUUCGGUAUUUUACUUAGUCAUAUAGCAUCGGACAUGAAUAUUGAUAAUAUGUAUAAAGUCUGUAAAAGCAAUAAGUUCGCAUAAUGAAUUAUUGGCUUUAUAAUACCGAGCCAACAGCAUUCUAGACAUGACACGGGAAAAUCUAAUUACUCUUAGCAAUGUUAUGCGCUUACAUAACUUUAUUGAAUCAAAAUUUUAAAAAUAAGUAAUGUUACCAGUUUAAAAAUAUGUAUUGGGAUAAUAUAAUCCAUUUCUUAUUUAAUGAAGCAUUAAUUAUUUAUUGGAUGUGGUCGUUGCGAGUGAAUGAGACAAAAUUAUAUCUACUGGAAGUAGCAUAGCAGUGCAUACAUAUAAUCUUCAUUUGUAAUAUUAUUUGCUCAAGUGUACAAACUUGCUGGGAUUGAUAAUAAAGUGACUUGAAAAUCUA